AUGGCCGAUCCUCUCAGUAUCACCGCUAGUAUCGUAGGUAUUAUUGUGCCAGCUUUGCACGGCACACGAUUACUACUAGAUGAUCUACAACAGCUCAAGGAUGCACCUAAAACUGUUAAUCGUCUAGUAGACAAUGUGCAUUCUGUCGAUGCAGCACUGCAAUCACUUCGAAGUAUAGACGAGAGAGAAUGGAGCUUACUUGGCGAAGAUGUAGUUAAGCAGUCAGAAACAACGAGUAAUAGUUGCACUCAAGCAUGCGAUCUUUUCAGGGCUGAUCUCCAGCCAUGGACCAAACACUCAGAAGGUGGAAAAUUAUCAUGGCAGGAUCAAGUAAAAGUCGAAUUCUUCAAGCAAGGGCAAAUCAAGGCUAUGUCAGAGCAGCUCUCAAACUGUAGGCUUGCUAUAAACUCUAUUGUCAGUAUAGCGACCUUAUACAGCUCUGUCCGCCAUAGCCAUAUCACAGAAGAGGUCAGGAAAAUGAUAUCUACAAAGCAAAUUGAGGUUAGAGAUGUUAUUUCUACUGCGGAUCGACAGUUGGUAGUGUUAGAGAAUAGGUUGGAAGAGCUGAGCCUCAGUAAUGAUGAUGAUGAUGAUGAUGACAAUGAAACAGUUGAGUUCAGGGAGGGCAAAAUCGAAGCUGUACGGCAGCUUGAAGAAGAAUUUUCAAGGAUGAAAGCAUCGCAGAAGCUGUUGAAUCAGCUGUUGUCCAAGUCACAGGAAGAAGCUGUCGCAAAAGCCGCGGGGUGCCAAAACGGUUCAACUACAGUAACAUUUGGUUCUCACAGCUCGGGCUUUCAAGCUGGGAUCAUUAAUGGUGGAGUUAGUGGAACCACUUUUGGCAGAUACUAA